AUGACGGUUUCCGCAGGAUGGAAAGAGCUCGCAGAGCAGAAAAAGAAAGCGGUUGACGCUUUGAUCCCUGAAGAAUGGACGUUACCAAAGGAGGUACUGGACAAGUACGAUGCCACAAGCACGGAGUCGGUGCUAAAUGUGCCUGAGAAGUUUCUCAGCAAAAAAGAGUAUGACAUCACCGAGCACUACACAGUGAAGGAGCUGCUCGAGAAGCUCCAAACGGGCGCCUUUUCGGCGACAGAUGUGGUGAAGGCCUUUUCUCACAGAGCAGCAAUAGCCACUCAGUUGACAAAUUGCUGUACAGAGCUCAUGUUUGAGUACGGAGCCGAGAGAGCCAAGUUCCUUGACGAGUACCUUGAGAAGCACAAAAAGCCUUUUGGCCCUCUGCAUGGACUUCCUAUCUCGCUUAAGGACAGCUUCAACAUCCCCGGGUUUGACUCCACGUUAGGUUUUGUCUCGAAGAUCGGCAACAAGGCCGGCUUUGACACUGUCGGUGACUUUGCUAGACUGCUCAGCGACCUUGGGGCGGUCUUUUACGUUAAGACAAAUAUUCCGCAGACGUUGAUGACAGGCGACUCCGAGAACAACAUCUUUGGGAGAACCCUCAACCCAAGCAACCUUUCCUGGACGGCAGGAGGCAGCUCCGGGGGUGAGGGGGCCCUCAUCAAGAUGAGAGGCUCGCUUUUGGGUAUUGGCACAGACAUUGCAGGCUCCAUCCGGAUUCCGGCUCUCUGCAACGGCGUCUACGGCUUCCGUCCAACAGCAAUGAGGUUCCCAAUGGGCAACCAGACAGACCCAUCCAGAGAGUGCUUUGUCGGUGUCCUGGCCACUGCCGGGCCCUUGGCAUCUGACUUUGAGUCUAUCCAGCUACUUGUCAAAGAGACUCUUGACCAAAAGCCAUGGAACUACGACGCUGAGUGCUUGCGCUUGAGAUAUCAGGUCCCGGAGAUCGACAAUAAGUCUAAGCUCAAGAUCGGAGUCAUCUACGAAGACCCGGACUUGCCUGUACACCCUCCUGUCAAGAGAAUCAUUGGUGAGGCAGCUAAGAUACUCGAAAAGGAGGGCCACUCGGUCCAGAAGAUCACCUCGUUCCCCUCCUACGACGAUGCUUGGGCCCUUGCUUGGAGCUUGUUCCAGAGCGACCCAAAGUCGACCGCAUGGGAGAAUUUGAUGUCCACCGGAGAAAGAAUAAUCGACUCGUUAUUGCUUCCGGGCCUUGAGGUCUACGGCAAACCUCCGCAAGAUAUUGCCGAGCUUAUUGAGCUCAAGGAAAGAGUCAAGGUUAUGACUGAAAAAUGGCUUGAAAUCUUCAAGAACUACGACGUCAUCAUCGCCCCAGGAUCUCCAAGUACCGCUCCGCCCCAUGACGAAUACGGAAUUGCACCAUAUACAUGUGCGUGGAACGUGGUUGACUUCCCCGCCGCUUGCAUUCCGUUUGGCAAGGCCGACGCCAGCAUUGAUCUCGACGAUGGAGCACAAUACCCAGAGAAAUUGGAAAAGAUUUACACCCAUUAUAGACCGGAAGCCUUUGACGGCGGCAUAGGAAGCGUCCAAGUGAUCGCCCCACACCUGGAGGACGAGAAACUGCUAGCCUGCUGUGCGAUAAUCGAUAAAGCUUUGAAUAAGAAAUAA